CUGGAAUGAGGGAGUGAAUGUUCCGGGUCAGAAACUGGACUAAGAGGAAAUAAACUCCGGGAUAAGAAAAACACGAAAUAAACGCAACUAAACAGACAUGUAACCGCUUGCAAAGAGAGAUACGGGACACUUCUCAGCCUUUCAGUAAAGAUGUUGCGAGAAAGGUGAAAAAGCGGAAAGAAAACUCCAGGGAUCAAAGCAGAAGUGGAGCGCGACGUUUUUAUUCCAUGUUUCAGUGCGCGAUACAUUUGCGUUGGAGAUCGAUAGAGUUGUAUGCGACACUAGUUGCUUUUGCGCUCUCACACCGUUCCUAGUUUCUCCAACUUUUAGUUUUUUUUCUUUUUUUUUUCUUUUUUAGUUUUGAUUGUUGUGGCAACUUUUCCAGCAGUACGGAUUUAUCUAGGGCUAGGAUCACCAUCCCGUGAUGUUUCACUGUAUCCCCCUGUGGCGGUGCAACCGUCACAUUGAGUCGAUCGAUAAGCGCCACUGUUCGCUCCUCUUCGUCCCGGAUGAGAUCUAUCGCUACAGAGGGAGUUUGGAAGAGCUCUUACUGGACGCCAACCAGCUCCGGGAUUUGCCCAAGCCAUUCUUCAACCUGACUAAGCUGAGAAAACUUGGCCUAAGUGACAAUGAGAUCCAGCGGCUGCCGGGGGAUAUAGCUAACUUCAACCAGCUCGUGGAGCUAGACCUCUCUCGAAAUGACAUUAUGGAACUCCCUGAAAGCAUUUCAUAUUGUAAAACCCUCCAAGUAGCAGAUUUUAGUGGAAACCCUUUGACAAGAUUGCCAGAAAGUUUUCCGGAAUUACGAAAUUUAACAUGCCUUUCCAUCAAUGACAUUUCUUUACAAGCACUUCCAGACAACAUUGGAAACCUCUGUAACUUGGUAUCACUGGAACUCCGAGAGAACUUGCUGACUUAUUUACCAGAGUCUCUGUCUCAACUUCAGAAACUUGAAGAACUGGAUGUAGGAAGCAAUGAACUGUAUAGUUUGCCUGAGACAAUAGGCUGUCUUGUCAGUCUGAAAGACCUGUGGCUGGACGGAAACCAGCUGUCUGACAUACCACCGGAACUGGGUAGUAUGAGAAGUCUUACGUGUCUGGAUGUAUCGGAGAACAAGUUAGAACGCCUCCCAGAGGAGAUGGGAAACCUCCUCUUCCUCACUGACCUACUGGUAUCCCAGAACCUCAUAGACGUGCUGCCGGAGGGCUUAGGUAAAUUAAGACGACUUUCAAUAUUGAAAGCAGAUCAAAACCGAUUAGUCCAACUGCCGGAGAGCAUAGGCAACUGUGAAAGCCUGACAGAACUAGUGCUGACAGAAAACCAGCUGGUGAAUUUGCCAAGAAGUAUUGGAAAAUUAAAGAAACUGUCCAACUUCAACUGUGAUAGAAAUCGACUAACAUCUUUACCAAAAGAGAUCGGCGGCUGCUGCAGUCUGAAUGUUCUGUGUGUGAGAGAGAACCGUCUGACACGCGUCCCUCCCGAGCUCUCGCAGGCUACAGAGCUGCACGUGCUUGACGUAUCUGGAAACAGGCUGCUGUACCUGCCCAUGACCCUGACCACUCUGCGACUGAAAGCUCUCUGGCUGUCAGAGAACCAGUCUCAACCUCUGCUCACCUUCCAGACGGACGUGGACCCCGAGUCUGGAGAAAAGGUUCUGACCUGUGUACUGUUGCCUCAGCAGCCCUGUGAAUCAGAAAACAAAGGUUCCGAUAACCUUGCCCGCUGUGGUGCUCUGGAGAGUCUGGUGGAGAGCGGCAUGCUGGAUGACACCUGGGAUGACAAAGCCACAAACAGAAUGAGCACCAUUCGUUUCAUGGAGGACGAUGAUGAUGAGGAUGACGAAGAGAGAACACUGUUGCGACGGGCCACGCCACACCCCGGCGAGCUGAAGAACAUGAAGAAGGUGGCUGAGAGCAUCCGAAAGGACAUGAACGCCGCCAAAGGCCUGGAUUCCAACAAAAACGAGGUCAAUAAUGCUGUGGACCGAGUGACCACGUCUGUGUGACCGCUUUAACUCCGAGAUGUCUCUUACCCAAUGUGUCUCUCCCUGAAGCCCCCGCAGAGCCAUUCCUCACUGUUUUCUCCCAGGGGCUGACCACCCCUUUGCUCUCCUGGGACCACCAGAGCCCUCUUUCCAGCCCUGCUAAUUUCAUCUGCUCCCGCCCUGUGUCAGGGACGAGUCCUCACAACAAGGUGCCUUCUUUUCUAAAGACCUGCAGAGCAAUAACCUGCAAAGGAAUGCACAUUUUUACUCUACAAAUCCAGUGCUUUUCUUUUGGUUUUCUUUGACAUACACAAUAGGUAGUUGCACUACAAGUCUUAGAAUAAAUAUGUCAGAAUCUUUAAUAUAGAAAUAUGAAAUUUAUAUAUAUGCUCUAUUUUUUUAUUUUUGAACACUGGGUGCAUUUCUUUCCUUUCUUUUUUUUUUUUUGGUGAUACAUGGAGCCCAGGCAUUUUUGGACCUACUGAUUUUAAAAAUUAUUGUAUAGUUGCUUGUGAAUAUUGACACUUUUAUACGUGUGGCAGCUCAGGUGGUGUAAAUUUUAGAAACAGCAAAAAAAAAAAAAAAAAGAUGUGUA